UUUUUUUCUUUAAAAAGAAAAUAACAUGGCGGUUAUUUACACUCAUUCAAUUAUGAAACGCAGUUUCUCAUGGUAUUUCGCGCUCGCGUUACGCGGUUAAUGGCAGAUCAAAUCUGCUUUAUGCUUUUCUGCAAGCAGUGAAACGCCUGAAGCGUACAAGCCGCAGCGAGCGUUGUGCGUAGCUGUCGUCUUCAUCUAAAUUUUUCGAGCGAGACACGGGAAGGACAUCCUCUAUGCACCAGCACUGCUUUUGCCACUCGCCACGCUGGUGAAUCAUGUCGAAGGCGCUGCUGGCAUCCAUCAAUCGCAGAGGUUACAAGGGAUGGCGCACCUCUCGUAUGUGCAUUCCUUGCACAAAGGACAGUAGUACCAGAUGUCAGCUGCUGGAGCGUUGUCAUGAUUUCAACGAGAUCCUUUUAGAUGCUGGCCUCGAGCUGCGUGAGGAUAGCCUAGGGAAACACAGUGGUGAUGUCUGCAUUGGAGUCGUCCGAGCAAGCAGUUGCGGGCACGUCUUUAGCUCAUGCAAGGACUUGCGCAAGAGGCGUGCACUGAAGCUCGUCAAAUAUCUACUCUCCAAACACCAUUGCAUCACAGCAUUGGAACUGAACAGCAACGCGAGGCAAAGCCGUUCUCUGCUUGUGGUGUUGAAAAAUUGUCGCUCUCUUAAAAGCCUCACUGUCUGUACAGUAGAUAGAACAAAGGAUGCAGCUUUCCUGACCAAGGUGAUCAACUCGUUCUUCCAGCUCGAUGAACUGGCCUUCAAAGCUUACCACUGCGAUAGAGAGUGGAAUUGGCGUACUACACACAUUCGUGAGAAUUCGCUCAACUUAUAUGUGCAUCGUCUGACAACGCUCAACGUGACAGACCUUCAAAUGUCCUUCGAAGAGGCAAGCCGAUUCACCGGCACGCUGAUACAGAACAACACCAUUACUGAUCUCACUGUAGGAUGCUGUGUGUUCGAUGACCACAGUGAACUAUUCGCCCAGUACCUUGGGAAGAAAGACUCCACACUGCGGAAACUUACCCUGAAGUCUAUGGCUGAAUUCUACACCUAUGUUAGUCUGGCGACACUGGUUGAAGCCAUGUGCAAGAUGACGUCACUGGAGGAACUAAAUGUGGACAUUCUUCUGUGCUGCGAAAACUUAGUACGUACAGUCGCCCUCUUCGCCAGAAUGGCCACAACUAGCAAGACCUUGCGUCGCCUCAGACUGCCUUCGACGGUCUACAACUACUGCAGAUCAUGCGCUAGCUACCACACUGCGUACAUAGAUCCCAAUUCUGCACAAUGCAUGCAACCCUGGCUUGCAGCCCUGCAGAGCUCAGAGUUUGUGCUGAGCGAGCUCUGCAUCGACCUGCGGGGCUUCAGUGAAGUGGAGUGUCACGCAUUUUUCUACGCAGUCGCAGACAACAGUAUCCUUAGUUCAGUAACAGUUAAUACCAUUGACCACGGGCAGAGAAUAAACUAUAUCUGUGGAACGAUUUGGUAUUGCAACCUCGUCGAUCGAGUCACCAUCAAGGAUCUUUACAUAGAUCAAGAAAAUAUAAAAGUCAUUUUGUAUUGCCCGGAAAUCACCACUGCAACCAUCGGAGUAAGCCACCUAGUCUGCAAAGAAGGCAACCUACUGCCAGUCCGCUGGGCAUUGAAAGUCAUAAGUCAUUGCCUUCACAUUACGUCACUUCGGGUGAACUGUGACCGCUUUGAUCGCACUGCCUUCUCUGCCUUGGCAGCGUGCCUGCGAGGCCCGUCUGCUCUCACAGAUGUUGACAUAGACCUGGGUUCUCGUUGGACUGAAGUUGCGGAAGAGGAGCGUCGAGACGUCGAGGCAAAGCUCGUGUCGUCGCUUGCCUCUAACACAAAUCUUGCCAGACUAAGCCUUCGGGGAGCGCUACUGUCCAGCAACGACUUGAACCUACUCGCGGAUGGUGCCCGCAAGAGUCGAUACCUCACUGACUUCUAUCUAAAUCCAGCCUGCAUCUCUGGUGACGUCAAUGGUGGCAGCUGUACCUGGCAUGCAGCUGAGCGGUUGAAUACAGUGCCCGUGUACACGAACAUCGUUCUGGCGACUAUGCAGGACAUCAUGAGACACAACAUCGCCCUCGUCGAGGCCGCAGUCAAGUAUGUGCUAAGCGAGGGAGAAACUGACACGGGGGCGCGAGUCGUCGAAGUGAUGCGCUCCCACCCACGUUUCCUCGAACUGGUACUAGAAGCCACUGGUGGUUCUAAAACCAAAGCCAAGAUGAUGAUCAGGAGAGCACUCCAGCGUGUCCGCCGCAUCAGCCUACACGAGUUCAUGAGGCUGGCCGGAGUGGUGAGGGAAAAAGUGCAGUGUCUCGACAGUCUCGGUGCCGGAACACAGCUUUGUCACCUCAGUGUGGAUUGCUGGCUUCACAUUCGCAGCUUCCUGAAGAUAGCGGACGUUGUGCAAGCCUAGGAACUUGUGUUGUCAGUGGUAGAGCGGAGCAAAAGCUGAGGCGAGUGGACCUGGCGCUGUUGCGUGGAUGGAACCAAGCCACAUUUUCAAAUAAUUGGACCUGAUUGUGCACAUCUCACAUGAUGUCAUCGCAUCGCUGAAGCUGGAAGUCGUGACAGCACUUCUGCACACUGUCUGCACACGCGGAGGUCAGGGUGUUUCAGGCUCCACUUGAGGGCAUAGCUGUUCACAGUUGGCACUGUCUCAGGGCCUGGCUAUUGCAGCUAGUGCCUAAGUGUCUAGAGAAGCGCAUAACACCAGUGGUUUCAGCAGUUAUGCUGAAACCAAUGUGUCCGGGAAGUUACAGGGUGUCACAGCUAACAUUAGGCAAGCUGUUAAGAAUGGCAUUAUACAAUUACGAGACCUAUGGUGUGUUCGGUUAUCAGGCCGCUUCCACCACCAGGAUACUUUUCGUGCGCAACACUCAGUUUCAUACUUAGCAGGCAACACUGCAGAAGCUACGCAAGUGGUACAUUCAUAGAAUCUCGUUCCGUGUGUUUUGCAGUACAGUUUUUUUUUUUAUCUGCCCCCCCC